AUGGAUGAUCCCAAUAUAGAUCUGUUCAUGGCCACACUGGAUGUGCACCAAAAGCUUCUGAAAGGCAAGGACGUAAUUCAACGAGAACACAAUGAUGCGAAAAUCCUACUUGAAAGAUUUUCAGAUGAAAUGAAGCGGGUCCAUGAUGAUGCCACAGUAAAGGCAUGGAAUUUGGUGAGAUGUAUUGUGAAUUACUGGGAAAGACAAAAGGCGCAGCUCGAGAAAUCAAUCGCCUUCGUGAGGUUCAUUCUGGAUAGUCUAAGAAUGGAUACAAGAGUGAAAGAGGAUCUUGAUAAACUCAGUGAUGUGGAUAUAAGUUUCCUUGAUGAUGGCGAUCAAGAUGAAAACGAACCUAUCAUAGCUGAUAACAAUAACACCGCCGAUGCGGUCGAAGACCUCACCAUCUCUCGUCAGCCCUCAAGCUCAAAUAGGCAAGUUACGAACAACUCAGGUCCCACCAUAUCUCCGGCUAUAAAAUUCAACUUGCCACCGCGAUCUUCACCUCCAAACUACCCAUCAUUCGAUUCUCGUGAGGAACGAUCUGCUUAUUCCAAGGCAUCAAGUGCUCCAACAUGGCAAGACUGGUAUGAACAAGUCCUCAUUUACGUCCAAAGGGGAGUAUCCGAUCGAUGUCAAGCCCAAUCUAUAGAUACUCAUCGAUGUCCAGAUUCAGGCCCAAGGAGAUCAGCAAGGAUCGGUGAUCUUGACACAAAGAACAAGAGCAAAAAUGUGCUUACCGAUACUACACAUACAAGGCUUAUCCAACUUAUUGAACCCCUACCACCCGAUCGGUUGACUUUCUGCUACAUAUUCGCACAAAUUCGAAAUCAUAUUCACAGGAACCCAGGAAUCAAAGCCUAUGAGAUAACAAAAUGGCGUGAUUGGUGGGAACCUGAAUACAUACACUAUAAAACAGCUCCAUACUUUCAAUUAUAUUACAUAUUCUUAAGUCGUAUCGUUAAGAAGAGAGCUUGGGCAUUUGCGUUGUACAAAUGGACAGAGCGAAAGGAACAUGAAGUCAUCUUGGGCUGUCAAUCCGUGUUGACAUAUAUGGAAAUACUUGUACUUGAAUCAAAAACGGAGCUUGAUUCUAGACAACCCAGAGAGAAUUAA